UUCUCUCGCACAGUAGAGUGGUUCGCCAUUCGUGUGGGAAUGGUGAAAUUUACAUUGAAUGUGAAUCAUGUCGUCUUCCAGUACCACACGAGACCAAGAAGAACCCGGUGUUGUGCAAACAAGGACAAGAAGUAAUAGUGUUGAUCAUGACCGUCCAAAUUUGUCCAUGAGAAGGAUAGUUUUAGUCGGGAGGACUGGAGCUGGUAAAAGCUCAUCUGGAAACACCAUCCUGGGCAAAAAAGUCUUCAGAGCUGCGAAAAGUGCUUCAUCUGUUACUAAAGAGUGCUGGAAAGAGACAGGAGAGGUGGAUGAACGUCAGCUGACGCUGGUAGAUUGUCCAGGGAUCUUUGAUACUUCACUCUCAGAGAAAGAACUCAUUAAGGAGAUGAGUAAAUGUAUAAAUAUGACGGCACCUGGACCUCACGCCAUCAUCCUGGUCAUUAAACUGGGUCCAUACACAGAAGAAGAGAAACUCUCAGUGGAAAAGAUCAGAGCUGUAUUUGGAGAAGAAGCAGAUAAACACACAAUCAUCCUCUUCACUCACGGUGAUGAACUUACAGAAAGCAUUGAACAAACACUGAGUGAAGCACGACAUGAUUUAAAACAUCUCAUAGAGUUAUGUGGCGGACGGUAUCAUGUGUUUGACAACACAAAAGUUCAUGAUCGCAAACAGGUUUUGGAGUUUCUAGAUAAGGUUGAUAACAUGUUGCUCAUGAAUGAGGACAAAUAUUACACCAGUAAAAUGUUUCAGCAUGUGGAAGAAAUGCUUAGAGACAAAGAAGAGCAGCUUAGAAAAGAAUACAGUCAGAGGAUACAGGAAUUAAUAGACACAUUUAAUGAAGAAAAGACCAAAUUGGAGGACACCAUUAAAAAACUGAAACAGUCUGGGCAGGAAAAAGACCAGAAAAUUAAAGAGUUAGAGGAUGAAGUGAAACAGAAGGACAGACAUUGCAAAGAGUUUAAGCGUUUUUAUAAGCAGAAGUACAGAGCUGUGAGACAGGAAGUGGAAGAGACACAAGUGGAUGAAAACAUCCCAGAGAUAAGCAGAAACCUAAAAAAGCUUCGUGUCUGAGUCUCACAAACAUAAAUGUUCAGUUUUUCCCCCCAAAACUAAUUCUUUAUUGUUGCGGUUUAAUUUUAAAUCAGAUACUUGUAUUAAUGCAGUGUAUUGUAAGGCCAGUAUAUAGUGCAUUGGAUGCUACAGUAAUGCCAUCAAAAUGAUGCAAACAUUUAUUUUACAUGUUUGAGCAAAGACUGCCCGUAUGUAGACUUUUUUUCUCUGCUUAUUUACACAUUAGUGUUUAGCUGCAGUGCUAUUUUCUUAUAUAAACUAUGAAAAGAUUUUUCAUGUUAUAUGUCACACAUUAAAAUGAACCAUUUAAUGCCAAUGAUGAUCACAUACAGUGACAAAUUCUAAGAGCAGAAUAUUUAUAAAAUUAUGUAAAACUGAAAAGGUUUCAUACCAAUGUUAAACAGCAUGCUAACAUAAUUCAUAUGAAAUUAAAAAAAUAAUAAUGUACAUUUAUUUUUCAACAUGGUGUGAAUUUGUUAUAUAAUGAAAUUAUGAUAUACGUAGACUAACUCAUCACGGUUGUCAUGUGACACAGGAGCCACAAUAGUACUGUAUUACUGAUAUAGGUUUAUGUUUUAUUAUUUUCUUCCUUUUUAUUAGAAAUAUUUCCAAACACAUUAACUAUAUCAGAAAACAUCUAAAUUCUUAAAGGUGUGUAAGUAAAUGUGUUUUGCACCAGAUUGUUAUUUCAUCUUCAAUAGGCGACAAAGUAAAGUAAUAGUGUAAUCUAUUAACUACACAUAGAAACCCGACUUUUUACUUAACUAGGCCUAACAGAUAUGAGUGUCAUGCCAUAAAAUAUUCUUAAUACGAAUGACUUUGUAUUUAAUGUGAAUUUAAUAACAAUAUUGUAAGUUACUAUAUUAGCCUUGUUAAAAAAUCUUUUUGGAUAUUGUGUUUAAUAGGAUUAAAGUUUUUCAUGUAGGAUAUUAUUGAUUUGUAUCAUAUUGGACAUUGUGAUUUUUAAAUGGAAAUUCCCUUUGUCCUGUAGGAUCCUAUUUGAUUCUGAUUAUUAUUCUGAUUGAUUAUUAUAAUUUCUUUUUACAGUAAAGAGAUAUUUUUAUAUUCAACUUCUUGUCUCCUGUAUACACUUUAUAUCUUCCUUCCUCACUCCUUUCGAGUCUGGUCUGGAUAUUUGCAUUGGAUGAUGCUACAUACUUUCUCUCUGUGUGUGUGUGUCAUCAAUCCAAUAUCAGUGCCGUAUCCAUUUUUGCACUAAUGUUGUCGGCCUUUGAUGUAAAAAGCUGCCGAACACCUCUUUUUGCUCGUCACGUUUUGGGAGUAACGUCCGUGUGAAAAGGCCCGUAGCCAGGUAAAUUUUUCCUGUUCGAAAAUAAAAUUUGUUCUCUGACCAAUUUUCUGCUAAACUCCUCAUAUGAAUGUCUGCAUGUAUAAUUCAGAAUGUUUAGUGUCCAUGGUAUGACAAUGAUCGCUGCGAGACACUUCCGAAGUGAACUAGUCUUCAAAGAGUUGAGAGCACGAGACCCAGCUAUUAUAAGCGUUAUUUUUUUACUUGUUCUUACACUUAAUUUGACACUUUAGAAAGUUAAUAAAGUAGGAAGUUGCGGUUUAGGGUCAGCGAUAACUUUAUCUUAUGUAAUUUCCAAAAUAUUUGAAAUAAUUUUGGUUUAUUUAUAGUUUGUUUAUUUUAAUAGCAAUAUCUGGCAAAAUUGCAUCGUGUGC